AUGUUGAAGCAUUCGCCCACCGGCACCUGGAUGCCAGCAUGGGUACCAGAGUCAACCGCCAUCCUCUCAGUAUUGCUUACGGUCUGCUCAAUGGUACAAUCAGCGACCGGUGGAUACGAUGGUUCUAUGCUGAAUGGUCUCAACAUCCUCCCCUCUUAUACCGACUAUUUCAACCUCAAUGCAGCAACUACCGGUUUGAAUACGGCAUCGGUGUUUAUCGGGAGUUUCUUCGGCACCCUUAGCUCAGGAAUAACUUCAGACAAGCUCGGUCGGCGGCCCGCAAUUUUAUGGGGUUCUGUCAUUACCCUGAUAGGCAUCAUUCUCCAGACUGCUGCGCAAGACAUAGCAAUGUUUGUUGUAGCUCGCAUUGUCUUGGGUUUUGGCACAGCGAUCUCAGGAACGGCCGGAGCAGUGUAUCUUGCAGAGACUUUCCCGAGCCGUUGGCGCGCAUGGGGUGUUGGUUUGCUCAAUGACUUUUACUAUGUUGGAGCCCUGAUUGCAGCAGGAGUCACACUAGGUACUGGCAAAUGGAACUCAACUUGGGCGUGGCGCGUACCAUCUCUACUCCAGGGAAUCUUUUCUUUUGCCUGCAUCAUUAUCCUGCCAUUCAUACCUGAAUCACCUCGGUGGCUGGUGCAUCAAGGUUAUCAUGAAGAAGCCCGGAUCGUGGUUGCGCAGACAAACACAAACGGCAAUCAGGCAGAUCCCGUUGCGCUCGCCGUGUACAAGGAGAUCCUCGAUACGCUCACCUGGGAAAAGAACCAAGGGAGAACAAUGAGUCCGCGGGAGCUCAUAAAAACCCCUGGUGCUCGGAAGAGAAUGUUAAUUGGGAUAUCACCAGGUCCUUUUUCGUGCGUGGCAGGCAACGUCAUUGCUUCUUAUUAUCUGGGUUCAGAACUUGAUACCGCUGGUAUCACGAAUAAGGUAUCACAGUUGAAAGCUAAUGUGGUUCUGAAUGCUUGGUGCUUAGUCUGCGCGCUCGUAGGAACUCACCUUGCUGCUAGAUGGGGCCGGUUUCUACUCCAUGGGCUGGACACCUUUGUUGUACCUAUACCCCCCGGAGGUGAUGAACUACUCAAUCCGGGCAAACGGCUUAGCCUUGUCAGAGUUUUCGCUGACUGUGUUUGCAACAUUGGCUGGAAGAUGUACAUGGUCAAUGGUUCAUGGGAUAUAGUCAUUUUUCUUCUUAUCGCAGUCUACUGGGUCGAAACGAAAGGUAAAACUUUGGAGGAAAUCGAUGCGAUUUUUGAAGGAGAGAAGCAUUCUUCGGUCCCAGACGUCGAGUUGGUUCGGCAAGGUAAAGAGACAAUUGAUAUUGGGGAGGUUGAGCAGCAGAUUGUGGCGGAGGUGCUCGCGACGACGACAGACAAAGGAAAUGCGCAGAUAAGCUACUCGUGA